CCCUCUCCCUCUCUCUCCCUCUCCGCUGUGUCCAGCUCCCGUUCACUACAACUCCCAGCAGCCUCCGCGCGGCCGGAAGCCUCCCUCCGCCAGAGAAGAAGAAGAAGAGGAGGAGGAAGCAGCUGAAGAUGAUGAAGAGUAAAGCAGACGAGGAAGACUACUGGAACAGCUCCAAGUUUAAAGCCUUCACCUUUGACGAUGAAGACGACGAGUUCAGCCAGUUAAAGGAGUCAAAGCGUGCGGUGAACAGCAUCCGGCGCCUGGUGGAGGAAGACGACGAUGAAGACGAGGUGGAGAAGGUCAGCUGGAGCGGCGAGCCAAUCGGCAGUAUUUCCUGGUCCGUCAGCGAGACGGCAGCGUCCAAUCAGAGGACAGACAGAGAGCCCGCCUUCCCCAAAAUCACCACGGACACAACGAGCAUCAGCAGGAGCCACUCUGGCUACUCUCUGAGCGCGCUGUUCAAAGGAAAAACUAGAGGAGGAAACUUCCAGUCGUUCACGGACACGCUCAGCGACUCGUCUGUCAGGCUCUACGCUCCAGAACUCCGAAAACCCAAAUCUGAAUACAAGGAUUAUAUCAGUGAUUGGUCGCCAGAGGAGACGGUCCAGAGAAUGCAGCAAGGAAAGGUGGUUUCUCUGGAGAAGUUCCGAUCUCUUCAGGAGAAGCUGCUGCUGCUGGAUUACUCCGUCAGCGCUCACGAUGGGAACGUCAUCACCGCGGUUUUAAUUUAUCUGAAGAGGACUCUGAGUAAAGAGGUUUUGUUUCGGGAGCUGACCGACAGACAGACGGCUCUGAGACAUUUCAUCCACUACCUGACAGAAAGCAAAGACCACAGGCUGCUGCUGGAGCUGCUCAGAGCUCUGGGCAGGACUGAGGACGUGGCGCUUCUGCAGUAUAAAGAACACCUGGCGAUCACAGACGAAAACAAGAAGCGGGACUUCCUGAAGAGCUGCCUCAGUCUGCCGUUUUCUCCAGAAGAUUCUUCUCACGUCCAGGAUCACUACACGCUGCUGGAGAGGCAGAUCAUCAUCGAGGCAACAGACGGGCAGGCUGAGCGCGGAGGGAAGCUGGAAAUCUUCCAGAAGUUUCCCAGAAAAGCUUCGAUCCUCAACAUGCCUCUGAUCACUACUCUGUACUACUGCUGCUUCUACCAUUACGCUGAGUCAGAGGUACGUCUCAGUCCCUACUACUGCUGCUUCUACCAUUACGCUGAGUCAGAGGUACGUCUCAGUCCCUACUACUGCUGCUUCUACCAUUACGCUGAGUCAGAGGUACGUCUCAGUCCCUACUACUGCUGCUUCUACCAUUACGCUGAGUCAGAGGUACGUCUCAGUCCCUACUACUGCUGCUUCUACCAUUACGCUGAGUCAGAGGUACGUCUCAGUCCCUACUACUGCUGCUUCUACCAUUACGCUGAGUCAGAGGUACGUCUCAGUCCCUACUACUGCUACUUCUACCAUUACGCUGAGUCAGAGGUACGUCUCAGUCCCUACUACUGCUGCUUCUACCAUUACGCUGAGUCAGAGGUACGUCUCAGUCCCUACUACUGCUGCUUCUACCAUUACGCUGAGUCAGAGGUACGUCUAAGUCCCUACUACUGCUGCUUCUACCAUUACGCUGAGUCAGAGGGAACCUACAGCAGUCCGCUCAACAUCCGUCAGACCUUCAAGCUUUCAGAGAAGCAGUUCUUUGUGACAGCGCUGGCGGCGCGGGCCAAGCUGAAGGCCUGGUCCGAUGUGGACUCUCUGUUCACCAGCAGGAACUGGCUCGGCUUCACCAGGAAGAAAUCUCCACUCAGCUUCCAGAGAGUCGUCGACGUGCUGCACAAGAACUCCGCCCCUACGCAGGUGCUUCAGGACUAUGUGGCGCUGGUUGAUGAUGCUGAGCUGAGGAUCACUUUGGCUCAGAAACAUAAAUGUCACGACAUCGUCAUUAACACUUACCGGGACCUGAAGGACCGGCAGCAGUUGCUAGGAUACCGGGCAAAGAUGGUUAGAGGAUCGGCAGAGGAGAGGAAGAUUAACGAACUGCUCAACAACUCACAAAUCCGGUGGAAGAACUGACGCUCCCGUUCCCACUAAAGAUUUUUACUUUGAAAAUAAAGAGGCUGUUUCCUGUGUCAAGAGGAGAGCUGUCACCGUGACAACAGGAACUUCUCAUUGGUCGCAGACAACAGCAGUGGGCGGGGCUUAUAUUUCUGCCGAGUGGCUUCAACAUUCCUCCUGAUUUUGUAAAUACGAAUGUAGCAAAUAAAAACUUUAUUUAAAAAGCUGAA